CUUGCCUUGCCUCAGAACAUCCCAAACUUGACACCAUGAAGAUCCCAGUUCUUGCUGCUGUGGUUCUCCUCUCUCUCCUGGCGCUCCACUCUGCUCAGGGGGCUACCCUGGGCAGUUCUGAGGAAGGAAUCAUUGGUAAUAAAGCGGCAGGAAUCAAGGAGACCGCUUAUGCCCAGUUUCCGAACACUGAAAAGUCGCGACCUGUUCUUACGGGUAAUGAAUUCCUGAACUGGAAGGCCCUCUUCGAGUCUGUCAAAAGGAGACUUCCUUUCGUCAACUGGGAUGCUUUUCCUAAGCUGAGAGGAAUGAUGGGUAAAGCUGCGGAUGCCCAAUGACCAGCCCCUUCGAGACCCAGCACUGCUGAUACCACUGAAAGAGGGGGCCAGUGUGGGAUCUGAUCACCAUCUUAUCUAUGAUCACUCUUUGCUGCCUCAGUAACUCCAAUAAAAUGUUUUCCAAACAAA